AUGGCCACGCGCGACGCUGAGCUCUAAUGUCAUCCAGCUUUGCGCCACUCUUGAUCAGCAGUUGUCCGAUGGAGUAAAUUUUGACGUGGACGUUAACACCAAGGAACUCAAGUUCGUCAAGCUGCUGUACGAGAUGCUGUAAGUACAUCUUGUCACUCCUAGGUGCGGGAUAUAAUAUGACUAUGAUAGCGGUAUCGUUUACGUUUCCUUUCUUGUCUUUCAUGUAUAUUAGGGCUCUGAAGCUUUCCCUGGAGUACCAUUGCUUCGAGAAAGAUUUAGAGGAUACCUUUUGUCACGCCGCCUUGGACACUCUUUUCUCACUCUACUUCCCGAAGAAGGGCAAGUACGUACUUGAUUGGGCCAACAAAGAGACAGAAGGCCCCAAGGAACGUCGAAAGAAUGGGUACAAGCCAGACGCGAUCAUCAGCCGAGGUUGCAGGGAGAUUGCUUUUGUUGAGGUCAAGCCUCUCAAGGAAGGGCACCACGCGCGCAUGUUCCUAGAGGACCAUUGAAAACUUGCAAACUUCUGCAAGGACUCGAUCAACUCACACUUUGGCCAAGGAUUUGAUAUUCGCAAGGUGGCCGCUGUCCAAGUUUUUGGACACAAAGUGACGCUUCACACGAUGAUUUA